GUCCCCAUUGGAGGGAUGAAGACCCUGAGGCCUGGAGAAGGGAGCAGCUGCAGAGGACACGCAGUGACGGGCGUGGUGCGCAGCCCCUUCGAGUACCCGCAGUACUACCUGGCUGAGCCGUGGCAGUUCUCCGUGCUGGCCGCCUACAUGUUCCUGCUGAUCGUGCUCGGCUUCCCCAUCAACUUCCUCACACUCUACGUCACGGUCCAGCACAAGAAGCUGCGCACGCCUCUCAACUACAUCCUGCUCAACCUGGCCGUGGCCAACCUCUUCAUGGUCUUCGGUGGCUUCACCACCACCCUCUACACCUCUCUGCACGCGUACUUCGUCUUCGGGCCCACGGGGUGCAACGCGGAGGGCUUCUUUGCCACCCUGGGCGGUGAAAUUGCCCUGUGGUCCUUGGUGGUCCUGGCCAUCGAGCGGUACGUGGUGGUGUGUAAGCCCAUGAGCAACUUCCGCUUCGGGGAGAGCCAUGCCAUCAUGGGCCUCGCCGUCACCUGGAUCAUGGCUCUGGCCUGUGCCGCGCCCCCCCUCGUCGGCUGGUCCAGGUACAUCCCGGAGGGAAUGCAGUGCUCGUGCGGGAUUGACUACUACACGCUCUCGCCAGAGGUCAACAAUGAGUCCUUCGUCAUCUACAUGUUCGUGGUCCACUUCUCCAUCCCCCUGAUCAUCAUCUUCUUCUGCUACGGGCAGCUGGUCUUCACAGUCAAGGAGGCGGCUGCCCAACAGCAGGAGUCGGCCACCACGCAGAAGGCCGAGAAGGAGGUCACUCGCAUGGUCAUCAUCAUGGUCGUGGCUUUCCUGAUUUGCUGGGUGCCCUAUGCCAGCGUGGCGUUCUACAUUUUCACCCACCAGGGCUCCAACUUUGGCCCCAUCUUCAUGACCAUCCCGUCGUUCUUUGCCAAGAGUUCCUCCAUCUACAACCCCGUCAUCUACAUCAUGAUGAACAAGCAGUUCCGGAACUGCAUGCUCACCACCCUGUGCUGUGGCAGGAGCCCACUGGCUGACGAUGAGGUCUCCACCACUGCCUCCAAGACAGAGACCAGCCAGGUGGCGCCUGCCUAAGGACUCUGUGGCCAACUGUAGGAGUCUCCCAGCCCCCGCCCUCCACCCCAGCCGCCCCAUCAGGAGCCGUGCCUGUCGGAACCA